UUACCCACAUGGCAGACGCCUGACCGGUCAUUUCUGAAGUUAAUUUGCAAUUUUUCUACCUUUGGUCGUUUAGUUAGAUCAUACAUACUUCUAAAGUUGCCAGAAAAAUGGGCAAGAAUAAGCAGAAUAAGAAAGGAAAAGGUGCAGAAAAAACCGCCGUAAAAACUGAAAAGAAACUGUCCAAAAAACAGAAGAAGGACUUGGCCGAUUUAGGAGAGGAAGAUGUUGAAUCAAUUGUGGCUCAGAUUGAGAUGGAGGAGAAAAAGAAGCAGGCAGUCACUGAAGCUGCCAUUGAUAGGCCACUAAAGAGAUCAAGUUUCGCUUUUGUGGCCCACCCUGAAAAGGACGAGUUGAUCCUCUUUGGCGGAGAGUUUUUCAAUGGCCAAAAAACUGUGAUGUACAAUGACAUUGUGAACUUCAACAUCGCAAAAAAUUCGUGGUCCUGCUUGAAGGUGCCUGGAGGUCCUGCGCCUCGAAGUGGUCAUCAAAUGGUUGCAGUGCCUGGAGGAAAGGGCGGACAGUUGUGGCUUUUUGGUGGAGAGUUCAUAAGUCCCAGCCAGUCACAGUUCUACCAUUACAAUGAUCUUUGGGUUCACCACUUGGGCGAAAAGCGCUGGCAAAAGAUUAACUGUCCUGGAGGUCCCUCGGCCAGAAGUGGUCACAGGAUGGUUGUGAACAAGAAACAGAUCAUCCUGUUUGGAGGAUACCACGACAACACUAUUAACUUUAAGUAUUUUAAUGAUGUUUACUCGUUUGACUUGAAAGAUUACAAAUGGAAAAAACUAGAACCUACAGGCAUUCCUCCUCCGCCAAGAUCAGCUUGCAUAAUGGCUGCUCUGCCCAGUGGCAAGAUUUUGGUGUGUGGCGGAUACAGCAAGGUCAAGGUCAAAAAGGAUGUGGACAAGGGCGUCAUGCACACAGAUGCCUUCCUUCUCACACCAGACAAGGGAGAUGAAACCGGGACCAAGUGGAAAUGGGUGUCUGUGAAGACUGGGGGAGUUUCGCCCUUGCCAAGGUCAGGCAUGGCGUUCACAGUGAUGCCAAGCGGAAGAGCUUUUGCCUUCGGAGGAGUUCGAGACGAAGAGGGUGAAGAAGAUUUGUCCGGAACAUUUUUGAACGAUUCGUACUUUGUUGACUUGGAGAGCAAUGUUUGGAGAACAGUUACCCUGAGUGGAAAGAAGGACCAAACCAAAAGGUUACGCAGGAGAAAGAAGGAAGGUGAAGGUAACGAAGAAGAAAUUGAUGAUGACGAGGAGGAGCAGCAGAAAAUGGAAGAGGAACCUCUGCCCCUUGUGACCAGUGACGAUGGCAUUUUCAAGGUCACCGUGGGACCAGGUCCAGUGGCCCAGACCACCGUCGGUGGCACCCAACCAUCUGCUGGAGGUCCUGUUGUUUUUCAUCCGUCAAGUCGUAUGUCUGCAGGGGUAGUUUUUAAGCAAGGAAAGAUUUUCUUGUACGGAGGUCAGUACGAAGAGGGUGACAAGCAGCUGACGUUCUCAGACCUUUACAGCUUAGACGUCCACAAGUUGGAUGAAUGGCAAACGUUAUUGGUGAGUGAAAUUUCUCCUGAAGACUGGGUCGAUUCUGGAAGCAGCUCUUCUUCAGAAGAUGAUUCUGAGGAGGAAGAUGAUGAGGAUGAAGACGAAGACAAUGAAGAAACAGCAAUGGACACGGAUUGAGAAAUUAAAAUCAUCUUCAAGCUAACAAGCCAACUUGUCAUACUCCUGGCGCAGCUGCUUCAACUUUUCCGUGCAAUCAUUUAUGUAAGCGACCCUAGGAUUUUCCAGGCCAGAUUCGUCCUUCAGCAACUCAGCAAAUUGAUCCUGCAAAAUAUUAUAAAACAUUAAG